CUGAACUGUAUUUUAUUUAUGACGAUCGAUCGAGGAGGAUACCUACGCCUUGUCGAUCUCUGCUUGGAAAGAAAGAAGCUAAGUGUACAUAUAUAUAUUCAUUCAUUCAUGCUACUUUAUAGAGUACUGUAACGCGCUUCUUGGAGCUAGCUAGUAUACUGGAGAACGAACAAUGGAGAUUGGUAUUGACAAACCAAUACAACGGGUAAAUAAUGGAGAUCAAAGAUGGAAGGACGAAAGAGAGGUACAGCAGCCGCUGCAGGAAGUGGUGCUUACGAAGCCGCUGAUGGUGGCGGCCGGAGAUGAUUCCGGCGACGUAGAAUACAGGACUCCCAACCUCGUCCAACGCGUCCUGAGCCUCUUCAAAAACGUCCGCCCUGGCUCAGAUCUCACCAGCUUCCAGCUGCCGCCGUCGUUCAACUACCCGAAGUCCGAGCUGCAGGCGUACGGGGAAAUGGUGUACUGCGCCGGGAAGGACAUCCUCGGGGAAUGCGGCGGCGCCGGCGACCCGUUGGAGCGGUUCACCCGGGUGGUCGUGUGGAGCAUUUCCACGAACCGACCCGCCAUAUUUGGGGUGGUGCCGUACAACCCGGUCCUCGGGGAGACCCACCACGUGUCCGCCCGGUCACUCAACGUCCGGCUGGAGCAAGUCUCCCACCACCCUCCGGUCACCGCCCUCCACGCCACCGACCACCGCCACGGCGUCAACAUGCUCUGGUUCCAACGCCCCGUUCCUAAAUUCCAAGGAACAAGGGUGGAAGUGGAAGUGCAAGGGAAGAGGACGCUGAAGCUUGUGGAGCACGGCGAAACUUACGUCAUGAAUUCCCCAAACAUGACGAUCAGGUUCAUCCCGCCGGCCGUCGACUGGACCGGGACCGUCAAAGUCAGCUGCCGAGAGACCGGCUACGAAGCCGAGCUGAACUACCCCACCUCUUCCUUCUUCUUGGGACGGCGGUCAAGUUCCAAACAUUCCGUCACCGGCAAGAUCUACAAGACGUCAUCACCGCCGGCUGCUUCACCUCCUCCCGGCAAAUGCAAUAACAAGUUACUCUACACUUUGCAUGGACACUGGAGCAGUACCGUGAAAAUAAGGGAUCCGAAUGGUGGAGGGGAGCGGGUUAUUUACAAUGCUAAAGAAGUGGCCUCCAAGUUAAAAGCCCCAAUUCUCAAAGAUCCACAGAGUGUUCUACCGAGCGAAUCAGCAUCGGUGUGGAGCGAAGUGAGCAGAGGGAUACUGAGCAGAGACUGGGAGAAAGCCAAGGAAGCAAAGAGAGCUGUGGAGGAGAAGCAGAGAGAGAUGGCAAAAGCUAGGAAGUCGAGAGGGGAAGUUUGGGUUCCAAAGUAUUUCACUCCCUCCAAUAAUGGUGGUGAUGACCCUUAUGAAUACUCACCCAUUGAAAAACUGGUCCCACCAGCUCCCAUUGUUGUUCCCUUCUAGCUAGCUAGCAAAGCCAAAUAAAUCGGGUAAAACUGGUAACCGAUGGAGACGGCACGGUGAAACGUGGUAAAUGAUAAUUAGUAUAUUUUUAUAUACAUGUAUACACUCAUUAUUAUGAUUUAUGCAUUAUAAUAUAAUUCAUACCACCAGGUUAGGAAUGAUAAUUUUGAUCUGACAUGUUUUACCCGACUUGUUUGGCCUGUUUUGGGGCGGGCAUGGUGGGUACUCUCAUCGACCCAACCUACCAUUGACCUGCACUAUUCUUGACUCGUUCUUGUCUAAAUUACAUGUAGUUUUAGUUA